AUGCACGAAGAGCCCAUCGACCGUUCUCGCGACCUCUGGAUUGAGCGAAAACGCAGAUUUGAGCAGGAAGAAGCCAUUCGCAGAGACGAGCUGCUCGACGCUCGCUAUAGAUCCACCAUCGACGGCGCUGGCCGUUACUCCCCUCCUCGUCAAGCGCCUCAAGAUCCUAGGUACUCGCAUUUGCCUCCCUCGGGUCCAACCCUGCCAAACGCCCGUCACGCCUCGAGCCCUCGUUCCCAACUUCCCCUUCCUCUCAACCCCAACACAGCUGACGACGACGUAGCGAUGCGUGAAGAUCCUGCAGCUACUGCGCUCAAGCGCAGACGACUCGGAGAUGGUCUUGACCGCGACGAUCGUCGACGUGACGAGCCUGGCAGCGGUGCUCGUUCUCCUUCCUUCCGCAGAGCCGAUGGCGCUUCUCACUCGGGCCAGCGUUAUUUCGAUGAGCGCGACGCGUACCAAGACGAUCUGCGCUCACCCUUGAACCCGCCUUACGCCAACAGAUCCAACGAACGCCUCUCGCCGCACGAUCGGCCCGCACACAGCCCUGCGUCUGGUGCUGGCGGUCCCUUGCCACACAUGCAGGACCCACACCGGCCCUCGGUACUCUCAGCCUCGAGCUAUGACGAUAACCUCGACCACGGCCCAGGCAUGCUCGCUCGCAGGAGAGGCGAUGCUGCACAGGCAAAAGCAAGUCGAUUGCACAUUGACACGGGUUCUGGCUCAGCUUUUGAGAGCACCGGCCUUGUCAAGUCGUCUUCGGGCAUUGCAAAGAGCGCUCCUCCCCAGAAGCUUUCGUUUGGCUUUGACAGCCGCGAUCACCCGAUGCCUCAAGACCAGCCACCUCGCGAGUCAAACAUCCGUCCCAAUCCUUCGUCGCUCCAAGCACCGCAGCCUUCCGCGCUCGCUCGCGGCGAACCGCAGCAGCGUCUUGUUUCUGGCUCUCGUCUAGCCGAGUCGUCGGAAUCCUUCCGUCGUGAAGAGCGCGAAGACACGCUUGGUUUACGCGACGGCCGAAUGCCCGACAUGCCUCACACUGCUAAUCCGCUCGCCCGUCAAGCGCCUGCAACGCGUUUGCAAGGCGGCGGUCACGUUCCUCAGACGGCUACGCUGCCUUCUCCUGCCUAUCAUACUACUCAGUUUGCGCGCGCUCAUCCGGGGGGACGCCCAGCAUACAAUCCGCCACCCACAGCGCGCUUGCCGGAUCACUUGCGUUCGCCGCCCUCAUCCAAAGCGCAUUUCCUCUCGCUAUUUUCCGACUUUUACGAUUCGCUCUACGAUAGUCGUACGCUCAAGGCAACGCUUGAGGAUCAGAUCAAGCGUUCGAACACGUUGCUUCAGACGCUCCAAUCGAGCCGUCGUGUGCUUGAAGAGACAGUCGAACGACGUGUUCGCGAGGAACGCGUCUUGUGGGAGGGUCGCGUGCGAGGCCUUGAAGCUCGCGUUCGUGAGUUGGAGACCAAGACAGGCACUGCCGAUUACAAUGAAGAGCCCAUGUCUCGUCCUCCAACCGAGCUUGCUUCCAAGCAGCAGCAUGCUUCGAACCACGUCGGUGCAUCAGCAACAGCAUUUUCCAAGCCUGAUGCAGUUGUCGAGAGGGCGGAGGAUGGUGCUAUGAAACCUGCAUCGCGCGAACGUUCGCCCAUCAUCAAGCAACAAACAUCGUCCGUCCACUCGAACAAGGACGAUGAAGAAGGUGAUCAGUUGCAGGAUGAUUAG